CAUUAUAUAUAUAUCCCAAGGCUCCCUGGUUGCAGAGAUAUAAUGGCGGAGGCUGAGAGCAGUUGCAGUGACUCGAGAUGGUCUCUCAAGGGCGCCACCGCGCUUGUCACCGGUGGCACUCUCGGAAUAGGAUAUGCCAUAGUAGAGGAACUAGCUGGAAUGGGUGCUACUGUACACACCUGUGCACGUACCGAAUCCAAACUCAACGAUCGGUUGCGUGAUUGGAAUGCUAAGGGCUUUGACGUAAGGGGUUCGGUCUGCGAUGUAUCGGAUAGAGCCCAACGUGAGCAGUUGAUUGAGAAGGUCUCUUCUGGUUUCAAUGGCAAGCUCAACAUCCUUAUAAACAAUGUGGGAACAAACUUCAGUAAGCCAACGAUUGGGUACACUGUUGCAGAUUUCUCAACACUUAUUGCUACUAAUAUUGAAUCUGCUUACCAUCUAUCCCAACUUGCACAUCCUCUUUUAAAAGCAUCUGGAGCAGGAAGCAUUGUGUUUAUUUCCUCUGUUGCAGGCGUGGUGAGUACAGGCACUGGGUCCAUUUACGCAGCAACUAAAGCUGCAAUGAAUCAAAUUACAAAGAGCUUGGCUUGUGAGUGGGCAAAAGACAACAUCAGAAGCAACUGUGUUGCACCCUUCUGCAUCAGAACGCCUCUCAUUGAACAUGAGCUGGCUAAGAAAAGCACGAUGGAAGCCGUGGCCUCUCGAACCCCCUUGGGGCGUCCUGGAGAGCCGAAGGAGAUCUCAUCUCUGGUGACAUUCCUUUGCAUGCCUUGUGCUUCAUAUAUCACAGGGCAGGUUAUCUCAGUGGACGGUGGAUUGACUGCAAAUGGUUUCUCCCCCAAUAUAUGACUGAGUCAAUCACUCAGCUGAUUAAAGAACGUAAGCUGUUUCAUCUUCCUUGAUGAAUGCCUUAUGUUUCUAAUCUGAUGAGCUGUUCUGUUAAAUUACUGUUUGUGAUUUUUCCUAUAUCAGAUGAUUUUUCUUGCUUAUUUUCCUUGUUUAAGGAAUCCCAAA